AUGCCCAAUAAGAGUUCUUCCAAGAAACCUGUACAAGAAAAAGAAAAUGCAGAUGUACAGCAGGCAAAACCCUCAUCAACACCAGAGAAAUCAGGUAAUGAGAUUGAUGAUAUCUUCUCUGGAAAGAAGAGGAAGAAACCUGAACAAAUAAAGGCUGAUAAGGCAAAUGUAAAUGGAGAAGAGAAACCGAAAUCGAUGAAGAAAAAGAAGAAGAAGAGUAAAGAAGAUGAAGAGAGAAGAUUUACUGACCCGCCUUCUAAGUCUCGAAUGAAAACAGAAGAUGGAUUCAGCAUUUAUACAGAAGAGGAAUUGGGUUUUAACAAUAGCAGUGGUGGAGGUACCCCUCUUUGCCCAUUCGAUUGUGAUUGCUGCUUUUGA